CAGUUCAUUUCUUUGAUUUUUAUUGUGUCCCUUAAUUGCACAAAUAAUUUUGACAGUUAUAUUUCUGAAAAAUUCUAGUUCAAUCAAAUCUUUAUUUUUGAUUAUACAACAACAUAAAAAGAUGGCAAUUGUUGCAAGAUUAAAUAUUCCAAAUAUGCAAAAGAUAGAACACAUAAACAAAACACUGAAAAAGAUAAGAAAAACCCUUUUUAGUAUUAUUUAUAAAUUGUAUUGUAAGUGAACUUAUAGUGCACUGUAUACUGUACUUCUAGUACAAUUAACUAACCUUAGUACAAAUAUAUAUUGUUGAUUUAUUUACAGAAAAAUGCCGGGAAGGCAUUCAGAAGAGGAGGAUCCCCUCUCAUCAAGUGAUGAAGACCCAGUUGAUAAUGAAUACUAUGGAUUCCUAAAUGUUCCCAGAAAUGCUUCUAAUGUUGAGAUUACAGCUGCCUAUAAACGUCUGGCCAGGCUUUAUCAUCCUGACAAGCAUCAGGAUGCUGUGAAAAGAGAAGAGGCUGACCUCCUGUUUACUAAAUUGAAGAGAUGCUACGAGGUUCUCAUAGAUCCUCAUAAACGAGCUAUUUACGACUGCCUGGGCAAGGAAGGAUUACAGGAGCAAGGCUGGGCAGUGGUGCAAAGAAGCAAAACCCCACGGGAGAUAAGAGAAGAAUAUGAAGCUAUUGCAAGAGUUCGUGAGGAGAGAAGAUUGCAGCAACGAACUAACCCCGUCUCCAGGUUUCAGAUGACCGUCAAUUGCACAGAUCUGUUUGACCGGUAUUUGUAUGAGUCCGAAUAUGAUGAUAUUAUUGAUAGUCAACUACCACAAUUCGAGAUUUCAAAAAUCAGUCUAUUUUCUUCCAUUCAGGCUCCAUUGACCACUACAGAUACUACUACACUGUCCGGGAAUAUUUCUACAUCAAAUGGUCGAGGAGAAGGAGGAUUUAAUGUUGGUUACAGAAGAUUUCAAUCAGAGAGUGCUUGGCAGGAGUUCAGCUUAGGACUGGGAAGUGGACUAGGAAUGGGAACAAAAUACUUCAGAAAACUUGGAUCAAGAGUAUUUGGAAAUAUGAGCGGUACACUUCAGUUUGCAAGAUCAGGGAUAAAGCCUGGAUUCUCAACUACCUUAGAAACUCACCUGGAUAAAAAUACAGUUGGGUAUCUGACCUAUUCUACAAACCUAAGCCUGAUUGAAACAAGUGAUAGUAUUGCUUUGGAGCAGGAGCAAAGUGGAAUGGAAACCAUGAUUGUUAGGGACACACCCAAGUAUCACAUGGUUGCAUCUGUACAGCUUGGAAUACCCUACACCUAUGCAAUGAUCUCAUAUACCAGGAAAAUACAGGAUAAGAAGAAGAAACUUAGAUCUGCAAUUAAGAUUACAUACAUAUUGCAGUUCAACGGCAUGUUACUACCUCUUGAAUUCAUCAGGAAGAAGAGUUCCCCAGCCCCCGGGAUUACGGUCGGAACUUUUGGUGCUAUACUCGAGUACGGAGUAGAAGAGAGGAUAACGGAACACUCAACUCUGGGCGCAACAAUGGUCGUAGGGUUUCCUGUUGGUGUAACGGUACGAAUAAAGUUGGUUCGAGCUUCACAGACCUACCUCUUCCCCUUCCAUCUCUCAGACGAGGUUAUCUUGCAACCCAUCUUCUAUGGAACUGUUGUCCCCCUGCUCGCCUGGUUUACUGUUAAGAAGUUGAUCCUCGACCCCUAUGAGAGCAGUAGAAAGGAGAAGGAGAGAGAAAGGCGAAGUGAGUUGAACAAGGAGAAAGUGUCUGAGGCCCGUAGGGAGGCACUAGCAUCCUCCAGUCUCAUGGCAGAGAGAUAUAAACGGAUUUCUAAAGAGGAGGAGGAUAAGGGUGGACUGGUUAUUCUUUACGCUGCCUACGGACUCCUGGCAACAGAUGGAGGAGAACUAAAACCAGAGUUUAAAAAUAUUGAUAAUAAUAGUGAAGAGAACUCAAGUUUUAUUGAUAUAACUGUCCCUCUACAGUGUACUGUUGAAGAUUCAAGACUCAUUCUAUGGGAGGGUAGUAAAUGUAACCUGCCUGGGGUAUGGGAUCCUGCUCCAGAGGAUGAUAAAUAUAUUCUAAUCAAGUACCUUUAUCAGAACUCAGUACAUCAGGUUUUCUGUCCUGAGACGGGCUCCAUCAAGCUUCCGAAGACCGCACAUAGAAUAUCCUAGUCUCAACCCUUAGCAGCUUGCAUACUGCUUACUCACACACAAACUUGUUAACGUUUCAUUUUUUAUUUUUCCGCCAAGCGGUAAAAACAGAAUCUGCCCUUCUGUUGCAGGAAGAAAUCCUAUAGAAAUUUAACUGUUCAUUUUUUUAUUUUUUUUUUGUUAAAUUUAGUUUGAAGAAAUUUCUUGUUAAAGGUAGAUAAACUAUAGUGAGCUAAUAGUCAAAAUUGAACUUGUUUUUGGCAAAUUUAGCAUCUAGAUAUCAUUAACU